AAUUCUAAUACAUCCUUUCCGACAAAAAUCAGCAGGAACUCACGCUUUAGCAGUCAGUCAUCAUGUCAGACAGAGGUGCAUUUGAUACUAAUGUGGUGACCCUCACCAGGUUUGUCUUAGAAGAGGGCAGAAAAGCCAAAGGAACGGGCGAGCUUACAACCCUUCUCAACUCCAUGUGCACGGCAAUCAAAGCCAUUUCCACUGCAGUCAGAAAAGCUGGCAUUGCCAAUCUCUAUGGAAUUGCCGGGAGCACAAAUGUUACAGGUGAUCAGGUGAAAAAGUUGGAUGUCCUGUCUAAUGAUCUUGUUAUAAACAUGAUUAAAUCCUCCUUCACAUCCUGUGUUUUGGUGUCUGAAGAAAACGAUCACGCCAUCAUUAUAGAACCAGAGAAAAGGGGAAAAUACGUGGUUUGCUUUGACCCUCUGGAUGGCUCUUCAAACAUUGACUGCUUAGCUUCUAUUGGAACCAUUUUUGCAGUCUACAGAAAGGAAACUGAUGAUGAACCCUCAGAGAAGGAUGCCUUGCGGAGUGGCAGAGACAUUGUGGCAGCAGGGUAUGCUCUUUAUGGCAGUGCUACCAUGCUGGUUCUCUCCACAGGCCAGGGUGUCAACUGCUUCAUGCUUGAUCCUGCCAUUGGUGAGUUUAUACUUGUAGACCAGGAUGUGAAGAUUAAGAAGAAGGGAAAGAUCUACAGUCUGAAUGAAGGCUACGCAGCACAUUUUUACCCAGAUGUAACAGAAUAUCUGAAAAAGAAGAAAUUCCCAGAGGAUGGCAGUUCACCCUAUGGAGGGCGCUAUGUGGGCUCAAUGGUAGCUGAUGUGCACAGGACUCUGGUGUAUGGUGGAAUUUUCCUGUAUCCUGCUAAUAUCAAGAGCCCCAAGGGCAAGCUGAGGCUGUUGUAUGAGUGCAACCCCAUGGCCUUCAUCAUGGAGCAAGCCGGCGGUAUGGCAACAACAGGAGCCAUGAAUGUUCUAGACAUCAAACCUGACUCAAUCCACCAGAGGGUUCCUGUAGUGCUGGGCUCCCCUGAUGAUGUACAGGAGUAUAUCUCCAUCUUUAAGAAAUACUCGAAAUGAGAUGCAACCAGAUGAGCAUCUAUGGUCAUCUUCUACAACCACCGCCAUCCCACUGAACCUCAAAAACAAAUAAGCGAAACUUAAGGACACGGCAUGAAGCAUCCGUUAUCUGUAGAGAAUACAAGAAGUUUCUAUUUUAAGUUUCAUUUUCACAAAUGUUUGUUCUGUGUAAAUGUUUGUACUCUUAUGCGUCCUAGUAAUGUAAUUCAUAAUAUAAAGAAAUUAUAAAUAUAUAAUCCAACUGUUCACAUUGAAAAAUAAAAUCAGUAUUGUUUGGUUGUGUCCACAUUUAACAUCAUUUGAUGAACAGAAAUUGUUGGAAUGCCUGGUGACCAACUACAGAUGUAGUUCUGCUUGCCACCAAGAUGUUUCUUAGACCAGCAGCACUUAAAGGAAACUGACAACUGCAGUUAAAAAAAUUAUGUUGUUGCCUAAGGCCUGUUGUAGCCC